AUGGUUAAUAAUGAUAGAGAGUUAUUUUUAAAUAUAGUUUGGAAAAGAAUACAUGAAAUAACAAAAGAAAUAUCUAUAAUUGCUGAUAAUUUAAGUAAAACAGAAAUUUCAAAAGAGGAAAGGGAUUUUUUAAAAAAUAAUAUAACAGAAUAUGCAAAUCAAUUAAACAACUACUUAAAAAUGGUUGAUAUUUUAAUUAAUAAUUCAAAUGAAAAUAAUUUUCCAAACGAAUUAUAUCAAGAAAUUUCAUUCAACAAAAUUUGCCAAGAAAAGAGUGAAUAUCGAGUUGGGGAAUAA